AUGCUCAAGGUAAAUCUCUUGUCUGCGUUGGAAAGGCCUGAGUUGCUGGAAGAUGUAGACACACAAUCGCCAGGGUGUCAACACUUUCAGGCGAUGCACUUGUCUUGGUAUAAUAGGCAUUGUACCUCGGGUAAUGAGGCCCCGAAGGAGGUUCAACCGUGGCUUCUAGAAAAAGAAGGCAUGCGUACAAACCACCAGCAGGUGAUUCUGUACAUAUCAAAGGAUUUGCGUGAACACCAACGCAUCUACUCUACAAUCUCACGUGUAUAUGCGGAGCUCUUUGAGUGGGUAAGAAAAUUGAUGGAGAAUUUUUUGCAAGACGAGUUUGAGAUGCUGAUGGAGGUUGCAUCAAUCUUGCCUGGCAAUCACUGUCCGCCUUUCGCGCCAUUUAUAUCUUUGGUCAUCAACAUCAAUGUGAGGACCAAAGCCCAUCGAGAUGGACAGGAUCGCCAUUUCUGUCUUGUCAUACCUAUUGGACACUUCCAAGGAGGCGCUUUGUGCCUGCUAGAGAAUGGACUUGUCCUGGAGUUGCGUUCUGGUGAUGUUGCGCUCUUUAGGUCAAGUGAGGUAACCCAUUUCAACCUUGACUAUAAGGGGAGUUUGCAACUUGGCUUAAAAAUCAAAAUGGCUGGGUAG